CGAACGCAGGAAGUGAGGAGAGACAGGCGCCUUUUCUGAGCUCAUGUUGUCAGGCAAAAAGUAGCUGUAAAAUAAGCAUUCAUUUUUUUAGCAGUAGAAAACCACAUUCAAAGAUACACACCCCCUUAAAACUGAAACUACACUCAAUGGCUACUAAAAAGAAGCGGACUCAGAGUGCACACACUGACAGCUGGGUUGUCAUGGCUGCAGACUCUGUCAUCGACACACAGAAGGACGACAGUGACCCAGCUUUUGUGAGGUUAAGAAAUCCUUCUACAGAUGCAGCCUCUCUGUAUUUGCUCUGUAGCGGAGACGUUCAGCUGUUUGAGGUCAAAGCGUUUGAAGAAGAAUUCCACUCCUGGUUUGUUGGUCAGACGGUACAGAGAGAUGGGAGACUUCUGUUUGUAACACCGAUGGAUCCACUCUACCUCAUCUUACCCUAUUUGAUCAAAUCUGACAAAGAGGGGAAGUUUCAGCCCAUGGAUCAGGUUGUUAUGGAUGAAGAAUUCGCAGCUUGUUCGAGGCUCCUGAGCUGCACACGUUCCCUGACCUCCCUGCACCACGUCGCAGAGGAAAAAGAGGUGGGAAACCUGAAGUUCCAUCGAUACAGUCAAGAGAAAACAUUGAACUGGUUGAAGAGAAAGGUGGAGAGAACGGUCACUGCACUUAAGAAGAGACAUAUCUCAGUUGGAGAAGGAGUCAAAUCCUCAACUUAUGUGAGAGUAAAGUCCGAGUCAGACUAUAAUGAAGAGGACUACCUACGCUACGCCCAUGGCCUGAUAUCAGAGUACAUCAGUGAAGACCUGAGCAAAGCCCUCCUCUCACACUUGCAGUUACCGGAGCUCACAAGCCCAAAAGAGACAGAACCCCCUUCAAAGAAGCGAAAACUUUCAGACAAUCCAGUGGAGGCCGGAGAGGACUACACCAAAUUCAACAGUGCAGACUUCACCCGCAAACCGCCCAAGAAGAUGACUACCGCUCAGAAAACUCUGGCCAAGGUGGACAAGUCUGGCAUGAAGCCCAUGUCGUCCUUCUUCAGCCCCAAGGUCAAAGCAGAGAAGAAAUGAAUGUUGUGCAGCUGCUGGUUUGUAGAUGACGCAUUUGUAAUAAAGGAAAGAAAAUGUG